UAAAAGUCUAACCAAUAUGUUGACGAUGCUAGUUUGACUUUCUCAUCCCCCACUCUUUUAUAACCAACCUAUUCUUCACUUCUUCAACCAAACCUAAAAACAAACAAACACCCUCUACUUUCUCAUCCUUCUAAGUUUUAUCAAAACACAAACGCGCUUUUUUUCUUUAAUCACUUUUGUUGUGUUGUGAAGAUGGUUUCAGAUCCAAUAAUGAUUCCUAAGAUGAGGAUGCAAGAACAGAUGGCUAUAGAAGAAGCUGCUUCUGCUGGAAUGAAAAGCAUGGAACAUUUCAUCCGUGUACUUUCUUCUUCAUCUUCUUCUUCUUCUUCUGAUCAACGAAACCGUUUAGAUCUGGUCAAUAAACUUGAUUGUACUGAAAUUACUGAUUUCACUGUUUCUAAGUUCAAAACGGUUAUUAACUUAUUGAAUCGUACCGGUCACGCUCGUUUUCGUCGCGCACCGUCGAAUUUUUCUUCUUCAACUUCUUCUUCUUCUUCUCAAUUUCAAUCACAGAUUCAAUCUGAAAAAUUCAACCCUCAACCACAACCACAGUCAACUACUCUUGUUUUUGCAAAACCAACUCAAACAGUUAAGUCAAUUCCAAAUCUGAAUCCCAAACAGAACCAAUCUACCGAUUUAUCAAUUUCUCAAUACUCAAAAUCCAAGGAAGCCUACAGCGUCUCCACCACUACUUCCUCCUUCCUUUCCACCAUCACCGGAGACGGAAGUGUCUCCGAUGGCAAAAUAGGUCCUAUCAUUUCCUCCGGUAAGCCACCUCUCGCUUCAUCUCACCGGAAAAGAUGUCAUGAAGCAACCGUCUCCGGCAAAGUCUCGUCCUCCGGUCCCUGCCAUUGCUCCAAGAGAAGAAAAUCUCGUGCGAAGAGAACAAUUCGCGUUCCAGCAAUAAGUUCCAAGGUUGCUGAUAUUCCUGCAGAUGAAUUCUCAUGGAGGAAAUACGGUCAAAAACCUAUUAAAGGUUCACCUUACCCACGUGGUUACUACAAGUGCAGUAGCAUCAAAGGGUGUCCGGCGAGGAAGCAUGUUGAAAGGGCACAAGAUGAUCCAAAUAUGCUAAUUGUGACCUAUGAAGGAGAGCACCGACACUGGCAAACCAUCGGAACCGUUGCCGGAGUAACCACAUCUCAGGCUUCUUAAGCGACGGUGUUGAUUGUGGAAGAUUUCACCGAAGCUUUUUGCGCUGACAAACGCCGUUUGCAGUUGACGUCGGGGUUAUGUUAUGUGGUAAACGUAACGGUGACGGAAAAGAACGGAGAUUCCGAGAGAGAAAAGAAAAGCAAAGUCAACUUUUACUUUUGUGGACCGAAAUGAAUGAUGAAUGAGUCGUCUAAGAGUUGAUAAGGACUUUUGUGUAAAUUCGGCAAAACAAUUAAUGAAAUUAAAUUUAUACAA